AUGGGUCUACUAUUAAAUUUUAUAGUGCAGCAAAGGCAUCCGAAAGGUCCCCUUAAAAAUCGGUUCAUAAGGGGGUGGACUACCCAGCUAUAUAAGCACUUAUCAAGUUUGUUAAACAUCCGAUGUGGAACUAUUCUCAACAUCUACGGCAAUGAUGAGUUGACAGUGGAGGAGUUGAAAAGUAAAAAUUCCAGUGGAGUGCUGAUAUCACCUGGGCCAGGAGAACCUCAAGAUUCUGGCAUAUCUUUGCAAACAGUUUUGGAGCUUGGACCAACUGUGCCAUUGUUUGGUGUGUGCAUGGGUUUGCAGUGCAUUGGAGAGGCUUUUGGAGUCCUUUCUUGGCUGGUAGAUAUCAUAGCCUUGUAAUUGAGAAAGAUAACUUUCCUAAUGAUGAACUUGAGGUUACAGCCUGGACAGAAGAUGGUCUUAUAAUGGCUGCUCGUCAUAAGAAAUAUAAGCAUCCACAGGGAGUUCAGUUUCAUCCAGAGAGCAUUAUAACCCCAGAAGGCAAGACAAUUUGUCCGUAAUUUUGUGAAGCUUAUUGAGAGAAGGGAGGCUGGUGGUUCUUGAAACAAUGUUUGAUGUGUAUAGUUAAAAUUGUGGCUUGACACAACAAACUAAAAUAAAGGAAAGGUAUAAUGACACCUUUGUCAGCAACAGUUUAGAUAAAUCAUAGAAAAUCUUGGUGGGGAAGAACCUUGGCCUGAUAUUGAUCCAUUAUUUGAUUUCCCUAAGAUCUAUAAAAGUUUGAUUUUAGUUUCUCCC